AUGUCUCCCUCGGCCUUUACAAUCAAAGAGCAUGUGAUACCCUGCCAGCACAUUCGAGAAUACCACGGCGCUGUCAAGGGGAACGCUGCCUUGCAGCUGGCGAUCAAGCAAUACACGCCCCACGAUCAUGGCAAGACGUCUCCGAAUGCCGUCACAAUUAUUGCAGCUCAUGCAAAUGGUGUGCCCAAGGAAUGUUACGAGCCUCUCUGGGAGGAUCUGCUCGAGACUCUGAACAUACCCAUCAAGUCAAUUUGGAUCGCCGACUGCUCACAUCAAGGUGCCAGCGGGGUCCUGAAUGAGAGUGUUCAAGGCGAUGAACCCAACUGGUUCGAUCAUUCGCGAGACCUUCUGCACAUGGUCAACCACUUCCGAGACCAAAUCAUGCAGCCAAUCAUUGGAGUAGCUCACAGCUUCAGCUGCUCGCAACUCGUCCACCUCUCACUAAUGCACCCAAGUCUCUUUCAUUCACUGGUAUUUAUGGAGCCCAUGAUUCAGAAGGAGAACCCGAGUCGGCUGCAAAGCGCCCCUCAAGCGCGAUUCAGCAGCCUUCGUCCAGACAUCUGGCCAUCUCGUGUGGAGGCAGAAGCGUUUCUACGGAGCUCUCCUCUUUUCAGAAAGUGGGACGCUCGAGCUGUAGACAACUUUCUCGAAUUCGGCUUGCGUCCGGCCCCUACCGAACUCUAUCCCCAAGCCUCCCCUCCUGGAGCAGUGACUCUCACAACGACAAAAGCGCAGGAAGCGUGGACCUUUCUACGCCUCUACGCCUUUCCGAGUUCCACUGACCCGUGUGAUCCCGUUGAGACCGUCGUGGGAAAGGAUCUGGCUCGCGAGGCUCGGGAAGAAGACAUGAACAACCGAAGCUACGUCACCAACUGUCCUUGGCCUUGCCUUGCGUAUGAGUUUCUCCCAUAUCUCCGACCAUCGACUCUCUUUCUCUUCGGCGAGAGCAGCCACAUCAACCGACCCGCCCGACGCGAAGACAAGCUUCAGCAAACCGGAACUGGCUUAGGGGGGAACGGAGGUGUUGCAACGGGUCGCGUAAAAGCUCACGUUAUCCAAGGUACCGCACAUAUGCUUCCAUUGGAAAAGACGAGCGAGACUGCUGCACACAUAUCACAUUGGCUUGAGAAAGAAGUGAGACGGUUCGGUUUUGAGGAGGAAUUCAGCAAAUCCUAUAAUAGUCAGAAGUCGGAAUGCGACGGGAAAGCCCUAUCAGCGACAUGGAUGGAGUACAUGGAAUUGCCAUCUGGAACCAAACGGACGCUGAAGUCCAGUCUCUAG